AUGGGCAAAAGGAAUCCCUUUGAGCGAUGGGGCUUUGAAGGCGAAUUGAAAAUUAAGCAAGAUCAUCAAUCUGCUGACUUGCAUCGUCAAGAUAGUGCUGCGUCAUCCUUUUCCAACAAUAGCGUGAAGAGGGAGAGAGAGCUCGGUAGCAGCGAAGAGGUGGAGAUCGAGACAGUUUCCUCAAGAGUAAGUGACGAAGAUGAUGAUGGUUCUAAUGGAAGGAAGAAGCUUUGCCUCACAAAAGCUCAGUCUGCUCUUUUGGAAGAGAGCUUCAAGCAGCAUAGCACUCUCAAUCCGAAGCAAAAGCAAGAUUUGGCGAGGGAACUGAAUUUAAGGCCUCGACAAGUUGAGGUGUGGUUUCAGAACAGAAGGGCCAGGACGAAGCUUAAGCAAACGGAAGUAGACUGCGGGUUCUUGAAGAAAUGCUACGAGACGCUGACGGACGAGAACAGGAGGCUGGAGAAGGAGCUACAAGAACUGAAAGCGCUAAAACUAGCGCAGCCCUUGUACUGCAUGCAAUUGCCAAUGGCUAUACUGACCAUGUGCCCUUCUUGCGAAAGGGUCGGCAGAGUUGGUGAAAACUCUUCCAGUAAGAGCCCAUUUUCUAUGGCCCCAAAACCACACUUCUUUAAUUCCUUGACCAAUCCAUCUGCAGCUUGUUAG